UGUUUGUGUCCGCCAUGUGAAUUACCCCAAAGCGACAGGGUCCUGGCCAAGUAUCACAGCAAUCAGAUCAUUGGCAGUGAUCGUCAUUCUCAGACCCCCGUGUACAUAUAUGUCGUUCCCGCUGCCACCCAUUCCGCAAUUUCCAGUCUCACUAUCGUCUACACAUUUAUAAACUCGACUGUGCAACCGCUACAAGAGUCUCUAUAGAGACUUCAUUGAAUACUACACAACACCAGUAGCCAGUAUUCACCUGACAAACCAACACCGCCAAAAUGCGUCAAACAGGUUUCUUCCACCACAUCGGCACGUUCCUUCUACUCGUCGCCACCGUGCUCCUGAUCGUUACCUGUAUCAGUGCACCUGUAGUCAACAGGCUAUCAGUCCUGAAAGUUCAGCUGGCCCAAAACAACAACGAAUACAACCCCGAUAUCACCUUUGGCACAUUCGGUUACUGCGUUCAGCAGUCCAGUGACAAUGAUCAGUGCUCAAAGUCCCACGUCGGCUACAACGCCGCAGACGUCCUGAGCUCUGCCUCUGGCGGCCAGUUUGACACCUCCGAAUACGCUGCCGACACUGCCAAUGCCCUGACCCGUGUCAUGGUCCUCCACCCUGUCGCAGCUGGCUUGUCAUUCAUCUCUUUCCUGCUCGCUCUCGGUGCUGGCGUAGUCGGCUCCUUCCUCGCCGCCGCCGUCUCUCUCCUCACGUUCCUCGUCACCCUCGUGGUACUCAUCACGGACUUUGUCGGCUUCGCCAUCCUCAAGAACGCCGUCAACUCGUCCAACACUGGCGCCAGCUCGGAGUUCGGUGCCUGCAUGUGGACGCUGCUUGUCGCCGCCAUCUGCAACCUGCUCGCGACUAUCGUCGUCUUCUUCACCUGCUGCAGCGCCCGUCUUCACAACAAGCGCAGCAACCGCACCUCCAAGGUUGAGCGCUACGACAGCCCUGGCAGACCCGCCCGCAGACGGUGGUUCUAAGCUCGUUGCCUUCCCACAAGACAGCGCCGGCGACACAUAAAACAUAUUUAUAUAAAAAAACGAAUAAUGAUAUAUAUGAAUAAUAGGAGG